UCUCACUUCCACUAAAGUUUGGUGGUAGUUUCAGUACAGUGUGGAACAAUAAUGGCCUACCGUGCAGUCUUACAUGUCCUUUGUGUGUUGGGAGUCUUUCAGAAAGGUCUAACAGCUCUGAUAGAAACCCAGCACACUGUGGAGGCAGCUGUAGGAGAGGAAGCCUACUUAACCUGUCACCUGAUGCAAUCUAGAGAUGUUCUGCAAGUCACAUGGCAGAAGAUUUUACCUGAGGGGGAGAAGAACAUGGCUACUUACAGUGAACGAUUUGGUCAAAGAGUGAAUGCUGGUUUUCAGAGUAAGCUGGAGUUUAGAUAUGCUGGACUGCAGAACAGCUCCAUAGUUAUCAGGAGGGUGAUGGAGGAGGAUGAAGGGUGCUAUCGCUGUAUGUUUAACACUUUCUCUGAAGGUGCUCUCAUUGCUACAACCUGCCUGCAGCUCUAUGAGCUGCAUGGACCCUUUCUUCAUGUCAGAGAAUCAACAGUUGUGUCCUGCUCAGCCACAGCUCGACCUGCUCCCACAGUAACACUGACUGUCCCUCACUACAACUCUACCAGCGUCACCAACACCAACGGCACAGUCACUGUCACCACUACAGCUGGGCUGUCUGGUGUCCAUGGCAACAGCACACAGGUUGGAUGUGCAGUGAGAGUGCUCUCUGGCCCUCAGAUAGAGGUGUCUAUGAUGAUUCCUGAGGUCAAACAGUCGUCUGAUGAUGAUUUCACUCUGAUCAUCGUGUCCGUGGUUGUGGCCUGUGUUUGUGUUUGUGUUGUUGCUGCAGUCGUCAUCGCCCUGCUUAAACGGAAACACCAGAACCGUCGGUCACACAGGGACUCUGAGUAGAACAAGACACCACAAAAAUCAAUCAAAGACACGGAUGAGUUCAUAACACCUUUAAAGAAGGAAGAGAACGAGCUGCGGCUACGGACACCUACUGGGAGAAAUAAAAAACACGACCCCCCAAAA